AUGGAGGGCGAAUCUACGAGUUGUCGUAGGUUGAAUUUUGAUGAGUCAAUUGAAGAGUAUUCUGAAGCAAACCAAAGCUGUGGUGAUUAUGAAGUUAAUAUAGAAGAAAGGGCUGAUGAAGGCAAUGAAGAUGAUACAGAGAUUUCCCCCCCAUUAAGCACAGAUGAAUUGGUGCCAAAAAUUGGUAUGAAAUUUCAAACAGAAGAGAAAGCUGCACAAGGAAAAAGGGGAAAGGACAAACGAGAUAUUUAUGUGAAGCAAAGUCGUGCUGAGACAAGAUUUGGUUGUGAUGCUAAACUGAGGAUUAGUUGUCGAAAUAAUGACAAGUUUUGUGUGGUGAACUUCAUUAAAGAGCAUAAUCAUUAUCUUUCAAGCUCAAACAAAACACAUCUCUACAGAUGUCAUAGGAACAUAUCUUCUUCUGCAGCGAUACAAAUUGAGAUGGCAAGUGAGGUGGGAAUCCCCCCAAAAGCAUCUCAUGAUCUUAUGAUGAGACAAGCAGGUGGGAGGGAGAAUUUAGGGUUUAUUCCUGAAGACUAUAAGAACUACUUGCGAUCUAAAAGAACAAGAAAUAUGAGAGUGGGGGAUACAGGAGGUGUUCUAGAAUAUUUGCAGAAAAUGCAAUGUGAUGAUCCAAAUUUUUUUAAUGCUAUUCAAGUUGAUGAAGAUGAUUUGAUCACAAACAUUUUUUGGUCUGAUGCUAAGAUGAGAGCUGAUUAUGGCAAUUUUGGAGAUGUUGUUUGUUUUGACACAGCCUAUAGGAAGAACAAUGAAGGUCGUCCAAUUGCAUUGUUCGUGGGUGUUAAUCAUCAUAAGCAAUCCAUAAUUUUUGGUGCAACUUUAUUAUAUGAUGAAACUACUUUGUCAUUUGAAUGGUUGUUUGAUACCUUCACUAAAGCUAUGUCUAAGAAAAAACCAACAACUAUUCUUACAGAUCAAGAUGCUGCAAUGGCAAAGGCUUUAGCUUCCAGAUGGCCUGAAACACAUCAUCGUUUAUGCAUUUGGCACAUUUAUCAAAAUGCCGCAAUACAUUUGAGUGGAGUUUUUUCUCAAUUCAAAGAGUUUGCUAAAGAUUUUGCCUCUUGUAUAUAUGAUUUUGAUGAAGAGGAAGACUUUCUUUCUACUUGGAACUUGAUGUUGACUAAGUAUGCACUUGAAGAUAAUGAUUGGUUGAGACGUUUGUUUAGCAUAAAGGAAAAAUGGGCGUUAGUAUAUGGAAGACAAAUAUUUUGUGCGGAUAUGACUACAACCCAAAGAAGUGAGAGCAUGAAUAGCAUUUUGAAAAGGAUCGUCGAUAUGAAGAGUUAA